AUGUCUCUCCUAGUGGCCACUAUACGCACUGCACCUGUGCUGAGUCCCAACCCCAAGGACCGGCCUCAUGUCUCAAACUCCUUUGCACACUCUGACAAUCAGAGCAUCGGACCUACCACAGACCAGGCAAGUUUCAAUCGAUGGAGGCCAAGGUAUCACUUGAUGCCGCCUCGUUACUGGGUCAAUGAUCCGUGCGGUCCAGGUUACAGCCCGUCAGGACGAUGCUAUCAGAUGUCUUUCCAAUGGAAUCCAUUUGGAUGCGAAUGGGGAAAUAUGUCCUGGGGACAUGCAACAUCUCAAGACCAGGUACACUGGGUAGUUUCUAGGGAGCCUUCGAUGAAGCCCUCUGAAACUGAAGAUCCUUGCGGCGUAUUCACAGGUUGUACUUGGCCAACUAACCCCCGCGGUCAAGACGAUGGCACCAUAACAACCUUUUAUACUUCUGCCCAACAUUCACCAAUACAUUGGACAUUACCUUACGAAAAGGGCAGCGAACUCAUCCGCAUGGCAACGUCUAGGGACCAUGGUCGAACUUGGAAGCGUCACCCAUCUUCUAUUGUUGCAGGUCCUCCGAAAGGGUUGGACGUGAUAGGGUGGCGCGAUCCCUUCAUCGGAACAUGGGACUCUAUCGAUCGAUGCCUCGGCCGUAGCAGCGGAGAGUAUUUGUACGGAGUUGUUGCGGGAGGAAUCCGCCAUCGGUCACCCGCAGUGUUUCUAUACUCUAUUGAUGCACGGGAUCUUACUCAGUGGAGCUUUGUUUGCACGUUAUUCACUCCAGGGCAGAAUUUCAAGCCUUCAAAGAAGCUGUCAGAUUUUGGCACUAAUUUUGAGGUGACCAAUUUUAUGACACUUGGAGACAAUGAUGGCGAGUCCUACGACAUCCUGUUGAUGAGUAUAGAGGGCGCCCAUGAAACGAAGACGCCUUCGUUCCUAGAUACCAAGAGUCAAGGCAACAAGGCUGGCAAAGCACAAAGGUCAAACAAAAUACAGAACUGGCUUUGCGGCCGGCCAAGGUUGACAGAACAAACACCCACAGAGGGUACCAAGAGUCAAGCACUGGGAUUCGAGUUUCGAUUUGGCGGCCGCCUUGACCAUGGGCUGUACUAUGCUGCAAACUCAUUCUACGAUACAUUAACAGACAGUCGAGUAGUUCAUGGUUGGAUUCUUGAAGAAGAUUUACCUGCUCGCUUGGCAAAUAAACAAGGGUGGAGCGGUAUGUUAUCCUUGUCUCGUAUCCUCAAGAUGAGACAGAUCAAGAAUGUAGUCGCUGCUAGCCGUUCGGAUUUGAGGUGUCUGGAUUGGCUUCAUUGCGCCCCUGAUCUUGAUGGCUCUUACAGCAUUACAACUCUUGCUUCUUUUCCUGAUCCCCGUUUGUCGGUUUUACGCCAGAAAGAGCUAGGCCUGUCUUCUGCACCUACGAUGAAUGGUUGCAGCUACUCAAAAACUCAGAAUACACUUGGCUUCCUAGCUCUCAAAGCACGCCAAUUUGAGGCAGAGAUCUCCUUGUCGGUUCCACCAACUUCAGAGAAAAUUGGUCUCAUAUUGUAUCACUCUGAUGAUCUUGUAAGCAAGACAACCAUCUUCUUUCAGCCAUCUGAAGAAUAUAUAGUGGUGGAGCGACAUGGUGUCAACUCAGGACACAACGAGACAAAUGGUAUAAAUGACAGUCCAGAAUUUGCACCACACACUCUCUUCACUACACGAGACCCCGUUACCGGCAAAAAAGACCAAGAGACGUUGGAUAUUCGUAUUUUCUUUGACGUCAGUGUGCUUGAGAUUUUUGUCAACGAGCGCGUUGUUAUAACAACCCGUAUCUAUCCCGAGACUGGCCAGUGCUACGGUUUGCAGCCAUUCGUCAAGUAUACUGAAGGUUCAACAGGAAAUGAGCCAAUAAUAUCGCGUUGCGUGGGGUGGGAGCUGAGGCCCUCGAUAUUUUAUGAGACAUAA